AUGUUCUUCUCAUAUCGACAAUUUAGACAUAGAGCGCAGCAUACGGUAUUGAGCGCUGCUGAUGACGUGGACGCAUACAACAUUUACAGCUCAUGUUACACCUCAAGUUCCAGUGGAAGAAAAGCUCAUAUCGAGCGCUUUAUGAGGAGAAAAGCAGGGUUUCCUCCAAAGAAUUCGCAAAGCAGUAGUAAUGUAUGUCCUCGUCAAUCUUUUUGUGGUCUUCGGGAAAAACAAAAAGUGCCAUUAUGUGACCAAAUCGGAAACACAGAAGACUAUCUGAAUAGAGCUGAUGUUCGCAAGGCUUUGCAUAUUCCUACGUCGCUUCCAAGAUGGACCGAAUGUAGCAAUGCCGUAGAAGACAGCUAUGGCGUGGUCUACGCUGACAUGAUAGCACAGAUUGAGAAGGUCAGUGCAGUCGGUGUAAAGAUAUUAAUCUACAAUGGAGAUGUUGACACUGUAUGCAGCCAUGUGAUGAACCGACAAUUUCUGACAAAACUUAACCAUACUAUCAUAGUUAGUUCUAUCAAAGAACUUCGUUAA